AUGCAGCCUCAGUACCCUGUGUCCCAGCCGCAUACCCUCCCCCCGCUGCAGCCGCACCACAGCCAAUCUCCCGCCCCUCACCACUACAUGGGCCAGCCGCCGUACAGGCCGGAUCUGUCAAGGUACCCUGCAUCAACCCACGAUGUCUACGCGUCGUCUGCGGCACCCAUCAUGCCCCAUACCACCGUGGGUACCCUGCCACCUACGACCUUCCUUUCGCACCCGAACCAUCAGGCGCAAGCACAACAGCCGCAACACUAUCCUCCCCCCCACAGUGUGCUGCCCCCCGCCUCCAGUGCGCAGUCUUAUCCACAGCCAAUUGCCCCUGCUCCGCCACGGGACCGGCGCCCGGAUUUCAAUGGCUUGCCAUCCGGCGCGUUCAGCUAUCCGGAUGGGAAGACCUCCCCCUGGAUGAAUGCUGAUCCGGUCACUGGCGCGAAUGGUGCUGGACCCUAUGCUGCUAAGGAGCCUCCUCGCACUCAGGUUGUUGGAUCUCAAGGCCGACGUGGUAUCCUCCCGAGCGUUCCGGGUCGCGCAACUGCGGUCGCCAAUGGUGUCAAUGGUCCUGCGAAAAACACAACGAUCCCCGCCAAGGACGCGGAUGGAAAAUUCCCGUGCCCUCACUGCAACAAGACGUAUUUGCAUGCCAAGCACUUGAAGCGUCACCUGCUUAGACACACUGGCGAUCGUCCCUAUAUGUGCGUUCUCUGCAAAGAUACGUUCUCCCGCAGUGAUAUUCUCAAGCGUCACUUCCAAAAGUGCUCGAUCCGACGCGGCAACCCGACUGGAGCAACUCACUUGUCUCAUCCCCACGCACACUUAAAGAGAUCUCAAGCUCAAGCUGCGGCGAACUCCGCAAAGGCUAUUCAGGAGGAAGUCAGUAAUACCGUCCCGCCUCCCAAUGGGCUUGCGGGUGCGACUUUCGGCGAGGGAACCGUGAAUGGAAAUGGACUGGCUACUGCCCGACCAAGUUACACGGAUCAGCAGCCUCUGGGCUUUACGAUGUCGUCUGUCAAUGGAAUGAACCGUGGUCAGCACGAUGAUGCGUUCGCUCAUGGACAGGCCCAUCAGAGAGCAUCUUGGAUGGCCACUCCCAAGCAGAACCCGUACCUUGUGCAGCCUGGCACUGAUGCACCUAAUCAGCAGCUUAAUGUUGACCGUCCUUCCGUUGAGCAGGUAAAGCCUUCUGUUGUGGACCCCAAGCGCCCGAUGAUGCCUGGCGACCCCAACCACGCGGGCGGGCUUGACUGGACCACAAUGUUCCAGCCUGGUGCUUCCGACGGCUACAUCAACCCGGUUUUCCCCCAGUCCAUGGCAUCCGGCCAGGAGCCCAUUCAGGCGCACGUUGAUGCCGAGCGCAAGUUCUAUCCCACCACUACAACGGCUGGACCUCAGGAGAACGGAAUGAACGGUCUUUACCUCGCUUCGACUACUCUUGGUGGUGAUGUUGCUUCUUUACGUGCUGUGCGCUUGAGUGUGCAACUUGUGCGUGUUCCCGAGCUAGGCUCACUCUCAUCCUCGGACGAAUCUGGACUGGAAAAUUGUGGCGGUGUAUGGGAUUUCUCCAGGCGAGCCGGGUGCUGGCAGACCAACUAG